AUAAAACAACGAGAAAAAAUAUUAGAAAAAAUUAUUACUCCUGCAAAACUAUAUUAUUAAAUGCAGCAGUUCUUCUCUUUAAGUAUUGUAACAAACAAUUAAGUAGAAAAUAAUUAUAUAUUUCUGACCCACCAGAGAGAGAAAUUCUAAAAUGCCAGAUUAUCAAGAAGUCUCUGCUUAUUCGCAAAAUAUGACUGUCGCUGAAAAGAUAAAUAUGUUGCGUUCAGUCUUCGAAAGAUAUCUUAAAUCGCUCGAUUUUCUACUAACAUGCUUCAUGAAAUGUGCCCAAAGUGAGGAUUAUAACAAGUAUAUUAACAUAUAUCCCAAUGAUUUUAAGACGAAUAACACCUACGACAUUAAUGCACUCAGAGCAGUUAUAGAAGAGAUACCACCGUUAAUAGUGGUUUGGAAACGUAUCAAGAGCAAUGAAAUCCAUCGUUUAAAACCUGAAGUAUUGAAUCUUUUAUUUUGGCUAUUUUUAGAAAAAAAAUGCGCUAACAUUUUUGAAUGUACCCUCUAUGACAUAGUGGAGUUAAGAAAGCUUCUACCAACUACUACAAUGGCAGACCCCGACUACGUCUUCAAGAUAUUGCCAACUACUGAUAGAUUUAAUGAUGUUGUCAAGCAAUAUCAUGAUGUACCCAUCCACACCGCUUUUUUCGAUCCACAAAUGGAAACAUUUUUUCAUAUUUUUAGUAAAGGAUUUGAUACUCUUGACAAAGUAAUUUUAAGAAAUGAUUUUGAAAGAGCUUUUGGAAUGGGUGAAAAGAUUUGGAUGAAUUCUAUGUUAGGCACAAAAAUUUGUUGCGUUGGAGUGGUUUCGUUUGUGGCACACAGCGAAAGGAUGAAAGUUAUCGAGAACAUUAGUGAUCAUUGUACCGAACUAUAUGACAGUGAUUUGGCCAAUUUAAAAUUUAUAAUGGUGUAUAAGACCAAAGACCCUGGACUUGUCGAUAAAAUGUGUGAAGUUAUGAUAUUUUUAUACAACAACAAGAAAGCAAUUAUAUUAGGCUCAAUGGUGGCCAUAGUAGGAAAGUUUAUUUUCAAAAAUGGUAAGAAUAUGGCCUCGAUAACGUUUGAACCUAAAAAUGUUAUAACACACGUCACCAGCAAAGUCCACGAAGCUUUCUUUAUUGGAUGGAAGGUUAUUAAAGAUUUGGCAACCCAUGUUUGCAAAUGAAUAGAAAUUUGUUGUGAAUUUGUUGCUAUUGUUAUGAUUAAUUCAAGUUAAUA